AUGGAAGUAGAUUAUUUUAUUGCUAUUACUUCAGAUAAAGAAAUAAAAAAACAACUCACUGAAUUAAAACAACAAAUACAAACUAUUUGUUUAAAAGUUGAAAAUGAAUAUCAAAAACCAUCUUUUGAUUGGAAAGUAUUUGAAAAAGAAUUAAAAGGAGAUAAAAAAGAACAAAUUAAUCAAUUAGAAGAAUUUAUUGCUGAUAUUCUUCUUCUUAAAAAUAAAAAGGAAAUUGAAUUAAAAAACCUUAUUUCAUUUGCUAAUAAAAAUAGUCAAUUUUAUAUUUCUAAAGAAAAACAAAUUAAUAAAGAGUAUUUGGAAUUAAAAAUUGUAUUACAAAGACUCCUUUUAAAAACUAAAGUUUUAAUUAAAGAAAUAUGUAUUGAUAUGCAAAAUCAAAUAGAAAACACUUUUAAAAAUGAUAUUAAUCAAAUUAAUAUUGAAAAAGAAUUUAAAUUAAAUCAACUUAUUAAAUAUAAACAAAACCAAAUCCAAAUACUUCAAUUAGAAGAAAAAAAUGAAAUUCAAAGAAUUAAACAAUUAUUUAAUCAUAAAAUUUAUCAAAUUGAAUCAGAAAUUAAUUUAAAAAAACAAAAAAUUGAAUUAGAAACUCAAGUACAAUAUGAAAAUAUUGAAGAUAAUAAAAGAAAAGUAUUAACUGAAAUUUCUCUUAGAACUCAAAAAUUAAAUGAAUUAACUAAAAUUGAAAAUGAAAAUGAUAUACUUUAUUCAUAUGUAAAAAUGAAAGAUGAAAGUUUUUUAGAAUUUCAAAUUCAAUCAAAUGAAUAUAUGAAAUUUAUUCAAUUUGGUGGAAAAAAACAAAUUAUUGAAAAUGAAACUCAAUUAACAAAUUGGAUUGGAUUGAAUAAUUCAAGACUAUUAUUUGAUAGUCAAACAGAUGGAUGGGAAAGAGUUUUAUUUAAUCAACUAAUCCUUGGAAAAGAGCAUCUAGUUUUUCUUCAUUACACAGAUAAAGGAGAUAUUUUUGGAUGUUAUAUAAAACAAAAGAUAAUAAAAGGUAAUGAUAUUUAUGAUGAAGACCAUUUCAUUUUUUCAUUAGAAAAUCAUAACAGAGUUAUUUCAUCAAUGAAAUGGUAUAAAAUUAAAAAAAUGACAUUUUUAAAGAAUUGGAAAGUUGCUUUUAAAAUUCGUGAUGAUGAAUAUUUUUAUUCAAUUGGAGAUGAUGAUAUUCUAAUUCAAUCUUCAUUUGAUGGAAUGAGCAGAUAUUCUUUUAAUCCUAUUUGUAAUUAUUAUAAAGGAAUAACAAAUGAUAUAUUAACUGGAGAUAGAGAACCUUUUAAAGUUUCUCAAUUAUUAGUAAUUCAAUUUUAUUAA